CUUUACCCAGGAAGAAUGGCAGACAAUGGACAAUACUCAGCGGACUUUGUACAGAGAUGUGAUGCUUGAGACCUAUCACAAUCUGCUGUCUGUGGGGUACUGCAUGGCAAAGCCUGAUGUGGUCUUCAAGUUGGAGCAAGAAUCAGCACCAUGGACAGUGGAGAAAUCUGUCAACCAGGGACUUCCAGAUUCCUACAGAAAAAAUGAGUUACUAGGAGCUAAUCAGAAAAUUCAAGAAAUAAUCUUCAGGCAAUCUAAUGAAAUGCCAUUUGGGAAAAAGUGUGCUUCUAAUGUCCCUGAGAACAGCCUCCAGAGUGGGGAAAUUCUCACUCAGCAGAAGAUGCACAUUUGUCAGCAGUCUUUUGAACACAAUGGGAAAGAAAAAGCUUUCAACGCAAAGAAGAAAUUCUUUAUGUGUGAAGAAGUUUAUACCAAAGAACCAUGUAAUAAACAACCUGUCAAUGUGGGAGAGACACUUCAGGUUGAAAAGAAAAUGUUCCACAACAAUAUUUAUUUUGGAAAACAUCAGCAAACACAAUCAGGAGAGAAACCCCAUGGUCAUUUCAAGAGUGAGAAAUGUCUUAUGAAUAAAACAGAUGUCAAAGUAAAUCAGAUAAGCCAAACAGCAAAAAGUCACUAUAUAUGUGGCUGCUGUAUAAAAUCUUUUAGCUGUGCAUCCUGCAUUUCCACCAAACAGAGAACUGACACAGGAGAAAAUUUCUAUAUGUGCAAUGAAUAUAAAGAACAUGUUUACCAGAAGUCAGAACUGACAAGAGAUCAGAUCCUUCAUGCUGGAGAGAGACCAUAUGAAUGCAAUGAACAGGGGAAAGCCUUUGACAAGCAAUUAUCUCUCAUUACACCUAAGAGAAUUUACAUGAAGCGGAAAACAUAUGAAUGUAGUGAGUGUGGAAAAGCCUUUACCAACCAGUCACAUUUCAUUAGACAUCAAAGAAUCCACACAGGGGAAAAACCUUAUGAAUGUAGCCAGUGUGGAAAAGCUUUUUCUCAGAAGUCAUCCCUAAUCAUGCAUCAGAGAAUCCACACAGGGGAAAAACCUUAUGAAUGUAGCCAGUGUGGAAAAGCUUUUUCUCAGAAGUCAAACCUAAUCAUGCAUCAGAGAAUUCACACAGGGGAAAAACCUCAUGAAUGUAGUGAGUGUGGAAAAGCCUUUACCAACUUGUCAGAUCUCAUUGAACAUCAAAGAAUCCACACAAGGAGGAAACCUUAUGAAUGUAAUGAGUGUGGAAAAGCUUUAUCUCACAAGUCAUCCCUAAUCAUGCAUCAGAGAAUUCACACAGGGAAAAAGCCUUAUGAAUGUAGCCAGUGUGGUAAAGUUUUUUCUCACAAGUCAAACCUAAUCAUGCAUCAGAGAAUUCACACAGGGGAAAAACCUUAUGAAUGUAGCCAGUGUGGAAAAGCCUUUACCAACUUGUCAGCUCUUAUUAGACAUUAGAGAAUUCACACAGGGGAAAAACCUUAUGAAUGUAACCAGUGUGGUAAAGCUUUUUCUCAGGAGUCACAUCUAAUCAGACAUCAGAGAUUCCACACAGGGGAGAAACCUUGUAAAUAUAGUGACUUCUAUGGUGGUUCUGCAGCCGAAAAACACCAUCGCCUCACCCCUAACUGGUCUCUGGGCCUGCUGAUUAGGAAAAUCCCCAAGAUUCAACAGGUGGAUACCAGAGACAUAAGAAUUGUCUGA